CACUGUCUUCCUAGAAAAGAAAAAAUAUGGCAAAGUGGCUGUCUUUCUACAUUGCCGCCGUGUGCUGGUUCUUGUACGCCGCCAAUCCCUCCACCUGCCUGCAAAAUGUUACUGAUCGGCUUGCAUUGUUAUCCUUCAAACAAGCUAUAGAACGAGACCCAUUUCAAGCCUUGAGUUCUUGGAAUGAUUCGCUGCACUACUGCGAUUGGCAGGGUGUUUCAUGUAGUCGUCGACAUCCUGGCAGGGUCAUUGCUUUGACUCUCGCAUCAGAAGGUUUGGUGGGAUCUCUAUCGCCUCACAUAGGAAACCUUUCCUUUCUUAGGGUCCUCAACUUCCAAAACAAUACCUUCUAUGGCGAAAUCCCACAGGAGAUUGGUCGUCUUCAACGCGUGCGAUAUCUCAAACUCGCCAACAAUUCAUUUGGUGGAAAUAUACCAGCAAACUUGUCUCGUUGCUCCAAUCUUGUGUAUCUUGAUCUCAUCGACAACAAGCUUAUCGGAAGUAUUCCUGCUGAGUUGGGCUCUUUACCAAAACUUGGUGCUCUGGGCUUGGCAGCAAAUAAUCUGACAGGAAGUAUUCCUCCCUCUAUAGGGAAUCUCUCAUCUCUCUAUCAAAUCUCUCUACGAACAAAUAGCUUGCAAGGACAGAUUCCUGAAGAACUUUCGCGACUUGGGAAGCUAAUAGAUGUGUUGUUGUCAGAAAACAAUCUUACUGGUGAGAUUCCUCCUGGUCUCUAUAACAUCUCCAGCAUUGAGAUAUUUAGCAUGUUCCUUAAUCAAUUACAUGGAAGAAUCCCCUCUGAUAUAGGCCUCACUCUUCCAAAUUUGUCUUCCUUUGCACUUGCAUAUAACAAGUUUACUGGGUCAAUACCUGUUACGCUAUCAAAUGCUUCUGCUCUUCAAAAAAUUGUUCUACUCUCAAAUCAUUUUACUGGUUCAAUUCCAAAAAAUCUUGGAAUGCUGCCCAAUCUUCACGAUGUGAUACUUGCGGUCAAUCAGCUUCAGGAUGACUUAAGUUUCAUUGAUUCUCUAACUAAUUGUUCCAGUUUACAACAAAUCAAUGUUGCAAGGAAUUUUCUCAAUGGAUCUAUUCCCAAAUCCAUAACCAAUCUCUCAAAAAAUAUAUGGAUCCUGGGUCUGUCAGAAAAUCAGUUGCAAGGUACCAUUCCCCUGGGUCUUGAAAACCUUGGCAAUUUGAGAUUCUUGCAGCUGGGUUGGAAUUUUCUCUCUGGCCCUAUUCUUACUGAUUUCGGGAAAUUUCAACGAUUGCAAUAUUUGACUUUGUCUUACAACAACUUCGGUGGAACCAUCCCGUCUUCACUUGCUAAUUUAACAUUCCUUAGUGUUCUUUACAUGAGAUUCAACAAUUUCCAUGGAACCAUACCUCCAAGUCUUGGAAGUCUUAGUGGCUUGAUUGAGUUGGAUCUCCGUGACAAUAGUCUCAAUGGUUCAAUACCCCCAGAAGUUAUAGGCCUUUCUUCUCUUUCUUUCGCACUUGUUUUAUCUCACAAUCAACUCACUGGUCCUGUUCCAUCAGAAGUUGGCUUACUUCAAAACAUUCUCUUGUUGGAUUUAUCUGACAAUAGACUAUCUGGCACAAUUCCAAGCUCCAUUGGAAAGUGCUUGAAUCUAGAAGGUCUUUACCUGGGGGGUAAUUUAUUUGAAGGAGAGAUACCUCAGGCUUAUAGUUCUUUGCAGGGUUUAAGAGAGCUGGAUAUUUCGCGCAAUAAUCUUUCUGGAAAAAUUCCAGAUUCUAUAGCUGCGCUUGAUGGGUUGAACCUGUUGAAUUUGUCUUUUAAUAGGCUUGAAGGAGAAGUUCCAAAAUAUGGAAUCUUCUUGAAUUCAAGUGCAGUUUCACUGUUGGGAAACAAUUAUCUCUGUGGAGGUAUCGCAGAUUUGAAGCUUCCUCCUUGCCCCUUCCCGAAAUCCAACAAGGAAAAACUCUCCUCUGCGCUGAAAGUAUCAAUAUCAGCGGUUGGUGCUGCAUUAUUUAUACUGUUGUUGGGGGGUUCGUUAAUUUUCUGGCACAGGAAAAGAAUGUCUAGAAGGAAAGGAAUUUCCGUGCCAUCAUUUAAUCUCCCAUUUUUGAGAAUAUCCUAUGCAGAACUUUUCAAAGCUACGGAUGGAUUCUCUACGUCCAAUAUAAUUGGUACUGGUAGCUAUAGUUCUGUCUACAAAGGAAUUCUUGAACCAACAGGAACAGAAAUAGCAGCGAAAGUGCUAAACCUGCAUCGGAGAGGAGCAUCACAGAGUUUCAUGUCCGAAUGCAGAGCUCUAAGAACCAUUAGACACAGAAAUCUCAUGAAGCUACUGAGUGCCUGUUCUAGCAUUGAUUUUCAAGGGAAUGAUUUCAGAUCUCUUAUUUAUGAAUUCAUGCCUAAUGGGAACUUGGAUAAAUGGUUGCACCCUGGAAAUACAGGGGAAGGUGGGCAACAAAUAGUUCCAGGAAAUCUGAAAUUGAUGCAGAGGCUGGACAUUGCUAUUGAUAUUGCUUCUGCAAUAGAGUAUCUUCAUAAUGGUUGUCCAUCCACAAUCAUCCAUGGUGAUCUCAAGCCGAGUAAUGUUCUUCUAGAUAAUGAGAUGACAGCCCGUGUUGGAGAUUUCGGAUUGGCGAAGAUUGUCGCUGCAGUUUCUUGUGGGGCUGAUCAGUAUCCAAGUAGUACUUCUCUAGCAAUCAAGGGAACUAUCGGCUAUGUUGCUCCAGAGUACGGCAUGGGUGACAUGGUUUCCAUAGAAGGAGACGUAUAUAGCUAUGGAAUUCUGUUGUUAGAGAUGUUUACAGGGAAAAAACCAACGGAUGAUUUUUUUAAAGAUGGACUAAAUCUUCAUGUUUUUGUUGAGAGAUCUUUGCCAUGCAACGUAAAGGAAGUUGUUGAUCCGAGCAUUGACCUAUCAAAUGAUGGAAGAGAAAACUUACUAAACUGUUUGGUCUUAGCGAUGAGAAUUGGAGUGGCAUGCUCUAUGGAACUUCCAACAGAGAGAAUGAAGAUCAUAGAUGUAAUCAGGGAAUUACAGAAUAUCAAAAGCCGCUUUUUAGCAAGCGAGAUGGAAUACCCACAGAAAUGGGGGCCCAAGCACCUCUCACGUGAAGCAGAUUUGUUUUUAUAGUUUUUUAUUUUAUUUUAUUUUGUUUUAUUAAUCGAAUUCGAAA